CAACUUGGGAAAGGGGAGUGGAUUGAGGAAGCAAAGAGGUCGACAAAUAAAAGCAUAUUUGAAAACCUACCGACGCCCGACUAGGUAGAUGCCGUAGACAGCAUGAGCGUAAAGGCCUUUGAGCUGGUCCCGGCGGUGGAGCGUGAGCUCCUGAUGGGGGACAAGGCACGGAUCACAAUCGAGUGCAUAGAGUGCUGCGGCAAGCACCUGUAUGUGGGCACCAAUGACUGCAUCAUUCACCACUUCCUGCUGGAGGAGCACACUAUGCCCAAGGGCAAGAUGGCCUUUUCCGCUCAGAGACUGCUGCAGAAAUACUUGGGCCUCAAGAAACCUGUGAACGAGCUGAAGGCUGCAUCGGCGCUGGAGCGUCUUAUUGUGCUGUGUGAUGGCACCAUCUCCGUGGUGGACAUGGUCACCCUGGAGGCAGUGCCAUCGGGCGGAGCCCGCAUCAGAGGUGUGCUCUCCUUCUGUGUCAACGAGAACCCGGUGAAUGGCGACCCAUUCUGCGUGGAGAUUGGGGUUAUCUCGGCCAAGAGGCGGACGGUGCACAUCUACAUGGUGUAUGAGGACAGGGUGCAGAUGGUCAAGGAGGUGGCCACGCCUGAGCAGCCCUGCGCGCUCAGCCUGGAUGGCUACUUCCUGUGCCUGGCCCUCUCCACUCAGUACAUGAUACUGAACUACAGCACGGGUGCCUCCCAGGACCUCUUUCCCUAUGACAGUGAGGAGAAGAAGCCCAUUGUUAAGAGGAUCGGAAGGGAGGAGUUCCUCUUGGCUGCCCCUGGUGGACUGGGAAUGUUUGCAACAGCAGAAGGAGUUUCACAGCGAGCCCCAGUGAACUGGUCAGAGAGCGUGAUCGGGGCGGCCAUCAGCUUCCCGUAUGUGGUGGCGUUAGACGAGGGCUUCAUCACUGUCCACAGCAUGCUCGACCAACAGCUGAAGCAGACACUGUCCUUCAGGGAUGGCCACAUCCUGCAGGACUUCGAAGGGAAGGUAGUGCUGGCCUCCAGAAAGGCGGUGUACGUGCUGGUGCCACUGCCCCUGGAGAGGCAGAUCCAGGACCUGCUGGCAGGCCAUCACGUGGAGGAGGCCCUCACCCUGGCAGAGGGGGCAAGGAGGAACAUCCCCAAAGACAAGUUUCAGGUAAUGCACAGAAGAAUCCUCCAGCAAGCGGGAUUCAUACAGUUUGGACAGCUUCAGUUCCUAGAGGCUAAAGAGCAUUUCAGGAAGGGCCAACUGGAUGUGAGGGAGCUCAUCUCCCUCUACCCGCUGCUGCUGCCCGCCUCGUCCACGUUCACACGCUGCCACCCACCACUCCACGAGUUCGCCGACCUCAACCACCUGGCGCAGGGUGACCAGGAGAAGGUGCAGCGCUGCAAGCUGUUCCUCAUAAGCUACCUGCGGGAGGUGCGCAGCACGGAGGGGGCCAACGGCUGCCGUGAGGAUGUGGACACGGCCCUUCUCAAGCUGUACGCCGAGGCCAACCACGAGAGCCUGCUGGACCUGCUGGCGUCUGACAAUGCUUGCCUGCUUGCCGACAGUGCCCCCUGGCUGGAGAAACACCACAAGUACUUUGCUCUGGGUCUUCUCUACCAUUACAAUGGACAGGAUGAUGCUGCACUGCAGCUGUGGGUGCGGAUUGUGGAUGGAGACCUCCAGGAUUCGACCCGCUCUGACCUAUACGAGUACGUGGUGGACUUCCUGAGCUUCUGCUCCAAGCUGGACCUGGUGUGGAAAUAUGCUGACUGGGCUCUGCAUAAGGACCAGAAGGUUGGUGUCCAGAUUUUCACAAGGAGGGCUGUCGACCAAAUGGGUACGAUGACCCCCGAGGCCAUCACCCAGUACCUGCAGAAGUACCCCCAGGCCUUGGUGCUGUACCUGGAACACCUUGUAUUGGACAGAAGGAUUCAGAAGGAGAAGUUCCACACUCACCUGGCUGUGCUGUACCUGGACAGAGUGCUAAGUCUCUCUCAGAGUGAGGCCCCUGCCCAGCAAGUGAUGGAGGCCCGGGAGCAGCUGCAGCGCCUACUGAGAGAGUCCAGUCUCUACAGAGUCCAGCUGCUGCUGGGCAGGAUCCAGGACACGGAGCUCUUGCGCGAGUGUGCCACUCUGCACGGGAAGCUGGAGGAGCAUGAGCAGGCCCUGCACAUCCUGGUGCAUCAGCUGAAGGACUUCCCCUCAGCCGAGGAGUACUGCCUGUGGAUGUCGGCGUCGCGGGACCUGGGCUACAGGCAGCGUCUCUUCCAUCUGUUGCUUGCUGUGUACCUGGACCCUGACGUCCCCGGCGGCGACUGCACAGUGGCGGCGGUCGACCUGCUGAACCGGCACUCGGAGGCAUUUGAUGCCGAGCACGUGCUCCGCCUCCUCCCGGAGGGCUGGUCCCUGCAGCUGCUCCGCCCCUUCCUCAGUGGGGCACUCAGGGGCACCAUGCAUGCGCGGCGAACCACGCAGGUGGCCCUUGGGCUGGCACGGGCCGAGAACCUCCUGCUAAAGCACGACAGGCUGAAGUGGCAGGGAGGGCCGAUCUUUCUGUCGGAGAAGAAGGGAUGCCAGCUGUGCCACAACACCUUCACUGAGCCAGGCUGCGUAUGCCUGCCGGGGGGCGUGCCUGUCCACACGCACUGUGCCGCUCACCGGGCCAAGGACUCACCCAGAAAGAGGCCGAGCACCAAUCCCAGCAACUACACGUGAACACUGACUACUUCUGGUUCCCCCCACACCCCUGAAGCCUGUCCAAGACUGGCCUGGGAAGGAGCAGUCAUGCUGCUGUGGAACAUUGAGGUAAAAGUAUAAGCACAGGCUCAAGCCGGCCCCGCCCACAAGAGCUCUGCCGUGGGGCGGACCUGGGAGAUAUAAUGCCAGGGCGGACUAUUCCCCACGUGGACCGGGCUCUGUGAGCGCAUGCGCAACACUGAUGCUAACGAACUGCAAACACUGCUCUCUGAGCGAAAAACGAAGUCCCUGUCUCUGCCAACCGCAGUGGCAGAAAAAGAAUGAAAAUAAACACUUUAGGAGAACCCAAAAGGCUGUGGCAGAUCUAUCCUAAAUCCUUCCCUUUAGCACUCUGUGGUGUCACUGUGGGAUUGGUAGUGAAAGUGUAGUGUCUCUGACAGACCCACGUUCUGCUGGGUACCAAUGGGGGAGUCCCGGGCAGACUGCAAUCUCAUCCAGAGUUCGUUUUCAUCAAGAGCUCCCUGUGCUCCGGUUGUAACUCAUAGUGUUCCGUUCACAUACAGUUAUAGAACUUUCCUCUGAGUUUUGUUCUGUUGGGGGGGGAAUUAAUGUAUUUUUUUAACUUUGAGCAUUCUGUUUGCUGCAGAUGAUCACUAAUGGAAAUUAGCAGGUUAAGAGAUAUGUGGCGAACACUAGGGAUAUUAAAGGGGUAAUUUCUGUGGAACGUUAGUGGAAAUGUUUAGGAAGCAUUGUGUAAAGGCACAGUUUGUUCUGACCGUGUCUAUCACUUCAUGUUCCAUGCAAAAGGAUUAUACUCAUGCAACUUUGAAAAGUUAAAUUAAGAAUAACUUUGCUAUAUGUGAGGGAAAUACCCGGUUCACAUUAGGGUAUGACCAUGUCUUAGCAGAUGGUCUUAGCCAGGGCAACUUAUAGUUUAUGGAUUACAUACUAUCCAUUUAUUCAGUUAGGUGUUAACUGAAGCAGAGUACCUUAUUCAUGGGUAAAACCUGAGUUCCACUUGAGAUUCAAACCUGCAACCUGCUGAUAAUGAGCUUUGUUCCCUUACCCCUACACCAGACCUAAGCCACAACAGUGACUUCAGCUGCAGCUUUUAAUUCCAGAUAAAGGAGACUCAAAGGGAAAAGCAGUGCUUUGGAGUUCAGGGGCACAAACUCCAAGCCUUACCUGUUGCUGAAUAUCGUCAGUGUCUUUUGCUCUCUAUGGUCUUGCUGUGUAAAAGGAACAGCCUUCUCAUCAAGGUUUUUAAUUGUUAAAAUGUGCAAUGCAAAGACCUAAUGCCUCAAUUAAUGAUGAAAUCCUUUUUGUGUGAAAUUAGCUGUAAUGUGUAUAUGUUAAUUGAGACCUAAUAUAAUUUUUUGCUAGGAAAUACUUGAAGAGCACAAGACCAAGAGCGAUAAUUCAUUUGUAUCUGUAAUCCCCUUAUCUUCUUUGCGGAGCCCCGAUACACAAACAGUGUUUCCCCCUCAAAUGUAAACUGGAGAUCCCCUCCAGCCCCUCCACCUGCUCAUGAAUGGGAAUCCUCUUUGAGUGGGUUUUUGAGAGGAAUGCUGGUUGUCCUACCCAUGCUGCAUCUUUCUUCCACCUUCCUACUUCCUGUACUGAACAGGAAGUACAGCUUUACUUUGCGGUAGCAUUUCAAACUCUCUCUUGAACUGCUCAGUUGCUCAGCCGGCAGCACUGUUCGGUAAAACAGAUGGGUUUCGUAGAUCCAGCUUUAUUUGUGUAAAAAGCCUUACCCCACUUCUCUGUCAGUCAGUUUUCAUUAACUUUUGUCUGGGCGGUUUUUAUUUGCUCAUUGUUUGUUCUGGAGCGUGUGCUCAGAUACACUGCUCUCUGCUGCAUGUAAGGGUUUUACCUCCUGCAGGUCAUUUUAUUCAGAGUUUAAUGGUGGGCUUUGUCAUCAAAGUGGUAUGUGAUGUGAUUUGAUACAGAUUGAAUUGAUCAAAUGUAAAGCUUAAACACCUGUAAACUUUUUUUUUUGUUUUGGUAAGAAAAGGAACC